UCUGCUUUACCACCUUUUGUUUUUAUUGAUUCAUGGACAUGCUUUUUGCAGUGACUCCCCCUUUCAGUAAAAACCCGUUCCUAAUACUUGCUCUCCCUCUUUCUCUCCUCCACGGGGUCCCUCUCUAGGGUCUACCAACCUUUUACACCCAUCAAAGAUCCUACAACAUGUUAAUUCAGAGACACCCAUAAAAGCUUCAAGCCAAUUAAUCUUUAACAAAACCAACAAAUUAAUCUACAACACACCGAUCUGAAGCAGCUACCCCAAUCCCAUAUUUCUCAUAUUUGUCGAUUUGGUCGACAUGGACACCAACCAGAACACCACCACAAGUGCAUUCACAAAUGUGAACACCACUUGGAAUCUUGAAAAGAUGGAAACAAACGAACAACAUCAACAUCAUGACCAUAUUAUUCUCCAAGUUCAAGACCCUCUUGCUUCUGGGAUUUGGUCCAACAACUACCCCCACAGUCACAACCCCAACCUUCUUCAAAUGCAUCAAACACCCCCCACGACAACCUCGUCCGUUGUAGCCCCACCCUCCUCCUCGGGGUUCCUUGGAGACAUACUGGGUGUUCACAGCAUGGAAGAAGACGAGGAGCCGGAAGAAGAGCUGGGAGCCAUGAAGGAGAUGAUGUACAAGAUAGCUGCUAUGCAACCGGUGGACAUCGACCCCGCCACCAUCCGUAAACCAAAGAGAAGAAACGUUCGCAUCAGCGACGACCCUCAGAGCGUGGCUGCACGCCACAGGAGAGAGAGGAUCAGCGAGAAAAUCCGCAUCCUCCAAAGACUCGUUCCCGGGGGAACCAAAAUGGACACUGCUUCAAUGCUUGACGAAGCCAUUCGCUAUGUUAAGUUCCUCAAGAGACAAAUCAGGUUGCUUCAAUCCAUUCCUCACCCUUCCCAGCCACCACAAUGCAUUGGUUUUGCCACCACAAACGCUAGCACCUUGCUAUUAGCCCCUUCAUGUGAUUGGUCUUUUGCACCAAACGUGUUACUCAGCUCCACCGCCGUAACUGCAGCCACAGCCUCUUCCUCCUCGAUGGACAUGCCGGCGGGACUCGGAUUCGACGGCCAUGGCCAUGGUUGUGACGGUUCCUCCAGCUUUAACCAGCACGAGGUAAUCAGUGAAUAAUUAGUGGCUGUUGAUUAAUUAGGUUACAUAUAUAAUUAUUGUAUUGCUUAUGUAUAUGUAUCUGUGUAUGUUUAUGCAUGAUUGAGAAGUGGUAGUGUAUGUUGAUGAGUGUUGUUGAGUUUGGGGAAACUAAAGGAAAAGGUUGAAGGAGGAGGUAGAGUAAUGUUUUAGGGGAGGGUCAUGUGGUGAGGAGAAAGGUUUGUUAGGAUAUUGUUGACUAAAGGUUCUGUAGAAUAAUCAUAACGGUUGGCUUCGUUACGUAAAGCCAUAUAUAUAUAUAUAUAUAUAAUAUAUAUAAUAUAGAAUAGAAUAAUAAUGUGUAUGCCAGUUCGGGUGUUGGCCGGAAAGUGUGUUUGGCCGACUCUCUUCCGGGAAUAAAUUCAACUGUGACGUUUGGAACUAUAUUCAAUAAUGAACAAUACUGAUU